CCAUUGUCGAAUCGGGAAACGGUUCAUGGGCAGGCAUUAAUUGUGAAAGAAGAGAAAGGUACGCGUUACUGUAUUAUUCAUUCAGGACGGAAGAAAUUGCCUGACUGGCUCCGUAUCCUUAACCGCUGCUGAAAAACACCACUUUCUCAAGACUUCCCUCACUCUCAGAUUCUCUUUUCUUUCUCUUCUCUAAACCAUGGAAAAACAAGAACAAAAGCACACACAAGAACCUGAACACAAAGUAGAACAAGGACCUGAACACAGAGAAGAACAAGAACAAGUACACAAGGAAGAACAAGACCAAUCAAAUGAACAUGAAAUACUGCACACAAAUCCAAACCCAGACCCACCACCAAAACUCAACUCUCCGCCGCGUGAGCCAGAACUACGACAACUUUCUCCGCCGCGUCUACCCUAUCACAACUCCACACCAAAAUCACCGCCCUUAGGUAAAGAUGAUGAUGAAGAAGAGGAAGACAGAAAGCCUCCGUCAAUACUACCUCUUCCUCCUGCUGUUGCGACGGCGGCGGUUGAGACCAGGGUGGAACCCACACCCCAAGAAGUCCAAGAUGAAGAAAGUGGGCUUGGUGGUGGUGUUGAUGGGCGUGGACGCGACGAUGGUUUUGUUAAUACUGGGAGUAGGAGGAAAUUUUUGAAGAACAAGAUGUCGAUCUUGAAGAAAGCGAAGAGGGAUAAUAUGAUGAACAGAGCUUUGAUUGUUUCUAGGAUUUCUGGGUUUGUUUUCAGUUUGGUUUCUUUCUCUGUUUUGGCCGCUGAUAAAGAUCGUGGUUGGGCUAUUGAUUCUUUCUACCGUUACAAAGAGUUCAGGUACUGUUUGGCUGUCAACGUGAUAGCCUUUGUAUAUUCUGGGUUUCAGGCUUACGAUCUAAUCUAUAAAUUAACCUCCGGAAAAAACAAAGAGAAGCAACCCGUCCGCCACUAUAUGGAUUUUUCUUUAGAUCAGGUGAUUACUUAUCUUCUCAUAUCUGCAUCAUCUUCAGCUGCUGUGCGAGUAGAUGACUGGGAAUCCAACUGGGGCAAAGACCCCUUCCCAGAUAUGGCAAGGGCGUCUGUGGCAUUAUCUUUCGUUGCUUUCGUAGCCUUAGCUUUAAGCUCUCUCAUAUCUGGUUAUAAAGUUUAUACUCUCAAGUCUUUAUAGUCGUAAAGCUGCCUCAGUCACCCACAUAUCAGUCAUAUUGCACAACUUAAAUAAAUGAAAAAUGAAGAUGAAAAAAAGUUGGAAACCCCAAGCGAUGUGCCUUUACUUUUUACAAACCUGCUUUAUCAAUAGUGUUUUCAAUCAAACAUUGAGCUACAAGACAACCAAAUGACAGCAUACUUAUGGCAACUGGUAGAUGGUUGGCAGGGGCAACGUGGACUUGAGGUUGUUAGGUGGCCCUAAAAGGCCCACAAGGAGAAGAUACACAAACAAUGUUGCUUCAUCAGUACAGUGUCUGACCGCACUUGAUUUUAGCAUCGGAGGUCACUUUUGUACUUUAACUGCCCCCAAUAAGAAUGCAACGGAUUUCUUAUAAACAUGUAUAAUUAUUAAUGACAGAAAUUUUUAUGAAGAA